GGGAGGGCUGCCCCUCCGGGACGCGCACGGACCCGGGGGGCUGGGGGCGGAGCCGUCGGAAGCCCAGGGGGCCCCCGGGGCCCCGAGCGUCUCGGGGGCAGCAUAGGAGCGCGGGGUUUUAGUCCGGUUAAUGGGGGGCCACUCCGGUGCGGGCCUGAAGGUGGGGUGCUUCGGCCGGCGGUGGUUCAGGGGGUCCAUCAAGGCCACGGCCGCGACGUUGGGGGGCAUGAGCCGUGCCCGGGGUCGCGCUCCGGGCCCUGCCCGGGCCAGGCUUGCGCUUCCCCCCGGAGGCCCCUGAGCCCUGUCGGUUUGAUCCCGCACCCAGCGAGUCCCGCCGCUCCGGAGCCAAAUCCGGGCCACAUGUCUAGCCGCCGAGAGUCCUGCCCGCUCCCCGGGCCCGGCCCCCGGCCCGCCUGGACCCCCGCGGGCGCUCGCCCUCUCGCCGCUUCCCGGCCCGCGAAUGCCCAGCAGCCGGCGGCCCGCCCCCUCCCGCCCCGGCCCCGCGCGGGGCCCCCAGGUCGCCGAACAGUGGUGGCCCCCGGGAGGUCGGUUGGGGACGCUGCUCCCCGAGGGCGCCCGCGAUGCCACCGCCAGGCGCCAGAUCCCUCAGGGCGACCGACGGACCCGGGGCCCGGGGCCGCCACGAGCCGACGCGGAGGCCGCGGGACCGAGGCUCGGCGCUGCCGGGCGCCCGGGCGCGGGCAGCAAUGUUCAGCCAGCAGCAGCAGCAGCAGCUGCAGCAGUUGCAGCAGCAGCAAUUGCAGCAGUUGCAGCAGCAGCAGCUGUUGCAGCUCCAGCAGCUGUUCCAGCAGCCCCCACAGCAGGCCCCGCUGCCUGUGACCCUCAGUCGAGGGCUCCCCGUGCAAGCGUCUCAGCAGCAGCUCCUGAACCUCCCGGCCUCCACCUCCCUCCUCAACAGCAAUGUGAUGCAGAGAGCUUUGUUUCUGCAACAGUUACAAGGACUGGACCAGUUUGCAAUGCCGCCAGCCAUGUAUGACAGUGCCAGCCUCACCGUGCCCACGGCAACAUUGGGUAACGUCCGCGGCUACAGCUUGGGGACCCCAAGCGUGCCGCCCCCCAGCCUCACGCCCCCCCAGCUGGCUACCCCGAAUCUACAGCAGUUCUUUCCCCAGGCCACCCGGCAGUCCCUGCUGGGGCCCCCUCCCGUGGGGGUGCCCAUCGCCCCUGCCCAGGCCCAGCUUCCCGGCAGGAGCCAUCAGAAGCAGGCGCGGCCCAGCCCCACCACGAACCCCGCUCGGAAGGACUCUUCUUCCCAGACGAUGCCCGUGGAAGGACCCCUCGGGUCUGAGGAAGGCGGGGAGCUCCCACCAGAAUCACCAGACCAAGACUCCCCGCCUUGCCCAGACGCCAUCGCCCACGAGAAAGACCUGCCCGCCGCCGAGCCCGAGUCUCUAGAGGGGGAACCUGUCGGGCCCCCAGCCAAGAGGACCAAGAGCUCUGAGCCCACGGCGAAGGGGCCCCCAGGGCAGCUGAGGGCAAAGGUGCAGCCCCAGGCCCGGAUGGCGGUGCCGAAGCAAACACAGACGCCCGAGCUGCUCCCCGAGCCGCCAGAGGCCCGAGUGCUGCCUCGCUUCCAGCCCCGGGCCCUGCAGAUCCACGCGCAGGUGCCGCCCUCUGAGGCCCGCGGCCCAGCAGCACUGCAGAAGCAGGUGCACACGCAGACCUCUCCAGAGCGCGCCCCGGUACCGCAGCAGUUGCAGCGGCGGGAGGAGGCGGAGCCAGAGGCGCUGCCCCAGGCACACCCUCAGCCUCCGGGGCAGAUGCGGCCACUGGCGCAGACCCAGACGUGUCCACCGGGCCAGAGUAGCGCGCCGCCCGCAGAGCAGCCGCGGGCGCAGACCCAGGUGCCAGCAGCAGAGGGCGCUCCAGCGCCGGGACCCUGCGCCGUGCCCAACCGGCCACCCGGGCCCGAAGGAGCAGCCGGAGGCCCAGAGGAGCCAGCGGGUCCCCAGCUCAGCACAGAGGAGCCCCCGCAGGAGCCGCCCGGAGAGAGAGAAGGCGAGAGGAGAUCCAGGGAGAUGCUCGGGAUGUGGGGUGCUGGGGGCUCCCUGAAGGUCACCAUCCAGCAGAGCAGCAAUAGCCGGGCUUUCAGCACCACACCUGUCACCCCUGUGCCGCGUCCCGGUGACUCGACUUCUACCAGCCCCGCCGCGACCGGCCCAUCCCCCACGCAGGCCCUGCACUUCUUCUGCUGCAUCUGCAAAGCCAACUGCGGCAGCCAGCAGGAGUUUCAGGAGCACAUGGCAGGGGCCGAGCACCAGCAGCGGCUCGGCGAGGUCCAGCACAGGAGCCAGGCCUGCCUCCUGUCCCUCCAGCCCGUGCCCCGGGACGUCCUGGAGAGAGAGCAUGAAGGGCCCCUGCCCCAGCGCUGGUGCCACACCUGCCAGCUGUACUACAUGGGGGACCUGAUCCAGCACCGCCGGACCCAGGAGCACAAGAUUGCAAAACAGUCUCUGAGGCCUUUCUGCACAGCUUGCGACCGCUACUUUAAGACCCCCCGCAAGUUUGUGGAACACGUGAAGUCCCAGGGACACAAGGACAAAGCCAAGGAGCUGAAUAUGCUCCAGGAGACAGCUGGCCAGGACGAGGAGCACUUCAUCACCGUGGACGCCGUGGGCUGCUUUGAGGGUGACGAAGAGGAGGAGGAGAAUGAGGAGGAAGAAGACAUAGAGGUGGAGGAGGAACUCUGCAAGCAGAUGAAGACCCCCGACAUGCCCUCCCCGGAGCCGGAGCGGAAAGAGUCGGAGACCUACAGCCCCAGCAAGGCCUACGGGGUGGAUUUCCUGGUGCCCGCCACGGGCCACGUGUGUCGCAUCUGCCACAAGUUCUACCCGGGGGACGAGGGGGCACAGCUCAGCCACUGCAAGUCCUUGGCCCACUUUGAGAAUCUGCAGAAAUACAGGAAGGCCAAGAAGCCCAAGCCCGCCCCCGCCCGGCCCGUGAGCCGCCGCUGUGCCGUCAACGCCCGGAACGCACUGACCGCCCUCUUCACCGCCGGGGGCCGCUCCCCCACCCAGGCCAGCAGCCAGAACGCGGCCAAAGCCCCCAGCAAGAUGACGGCGCCCCCGCGCCCGGCCCCCGCGCCCAGGCGCUCCUCCCGCCUCAAAACCUGAGUGGCGCCGCCCCCCACCUGCGUCUGCCGGCCUGGGGCCGGCCCUGCUGCGCCUUCUUCUUGUGCUGCAUUGACUUUUGGACACGUGUAUUUUCACUCAAACAUCUAAUAAAGCAGCACAUGCACUGUG